AUGUCCAGCUGGCUGCCGUGGCAGCUUGGCCAGCUGCCAUUGGGUAAAUGCAAGAUUGCCAAUUUCCCCGGAGCGAUUCAUGAACAGGGGGGCACACCCUUGAAGCUCAUUUCCUUAAAUUUCUUGGCUUUGAGAUGUUACUGUUUCGGGGAUAGUAAGCACUAUACGAGUAAGUUAGCGAGGGAGUGGGAGCUCGCUAGAAACCUCAGACCUUCCCUCCUAGGCCAAAGUCAGUUACGAGCGGAACAGAGUCACGCCUACAUCGCAGGCCAAUCCCUGUGCAAUGCUACGCACAUGCCCGUGUCCGGACCCACCCGCAGCAGCCGUGAGGACCCGAUGAGAUCAUGUCCCAGCCCCGAUUCAGCACUAGUGACUGCAUCUGAUUCGUCAAAGCUGGUGGAUGGAGAUGGUUGGAGUGGAUGGUGUUUCACCUUGCAGGCAACGGGCAAUGUGGCUGGCUCUGCACCUCCACGCUAA